AUGCAGGCAGAUGUGGGCGUUUCUGACUGGGAGACGCGGCCGUUUGACGUCGUCCAGCCAAUGAUUUGUGAAACCAUUAGGCGGCUUGACGAGGCAGUGGGACGACCACCGUUCCCCAAUCCCUCAACAGAGCAGUGCCGCUCACUGGCGCAGUCGCUUGUUCACAUGCUGCGUCACACACAAAAUAGCGGCCAUAUGAUAGCCCUGGCCGAGGCUCCUGAGGUGAACAUGACGUUCCCGGUCCUCUGUGCCUCCUUAAAAAACGGAUCGGAGGGGCAAAAGCCGUGUCCAGUGCUGCUGGAGCUUCUUCUUGAGGCGUUGACGUACGUGCACGCACUUUCCUUGUAUCCGCUGCAAACCACGCUGAAGGAUGCCAGGGAGGUGUUGCCAAAGUCCCCUGUGACAUUUAAACUCUUCACUCUGACAGGCGCCAUGGAGGUGGACACCAUGCGGUUUUUUCUCGGCAUGAGUCCCCCAGCAAAAGUGGAGCCGAAGGAACGAAAGCCCUUAAAAGGAAACCACCGGGCGGCAGGACGCAAACCGAAUUUAUCAUUGAAUACUCACGGCAACCCCAAGGAGGGGGUGACUGCCGUUUCAAGUGAAAUGCUCAACGCUGCAUUGGACAUGGUUUUUCCACCUGAUUGCACGGAGCUGCUUUUAUCACUCUUUAAUACCCCAGCCAAGUUCCAACAAGUCAUUGGCACGGAUAGUGAGUUGGCUGCCCGUGUGCUGGGCGUGUAUGGCGACUACCUACUUCCAACUUUACGCCCCCUAACCCUUCUUCACUCACUGGAUGCGUCGCUCCUUGACGUCUUUGUUGACGUUGUCCAGAUGCAUGGUGAGCGCAUGACUCUACUCACAGAGUCCGUCUUUACACGUGUUCCUUUGCUGGAAUGGGGCCCCGAGCGAUUGUCAGGUCUUCUUCGCUGCUGCGUGGAUCGGAACGUGCGGCAUGAGGGGGCCUUUGCAAGUCUAGUGGUGUACGUCUUUCUCUACAAGUUGCUGGUCCUGUGGGGGGAGACGCAAAGUUUGCCCUUGCUCACCGUCGAGGAGGAGGCGAAGCUGUGGGUCUCCGUGUUGAAGGUGGUGCAGAUGCUGUCGCUUAACGUGGGCGCCGUCCCGACGGGCGAGGUAGAACAAGUUGUCCAACCACUCAGCGUCCUUGCCGAAUUUGUACGGCGGCGGUACAUGAUAACAGAACUGAGGGAAGUGGCGUCUGCCGUGCCGCACGCGGCCGUGAGACCCGUAUUGGAGAUGCUGGCAGCCUCGCCGGCGGGGAGAGAGAAGUCGAUGCCCGCUCCACCCGCAGGAAGCGGUGGGGGUGGAGGAAAUAAAAAGAAGGGAGGAAGGCACAGUAGCAGCAGCGGCAACAACAACAACAAAGACAGAGCAUCCGCGUCGUCUUCCCGCGCGGAUGCCUUGGACUAUUUUAGCAAAUGCAUCGCAGAUUCCUUUGCUCUUCUUUUUUGCCUGACACCACCAUCUGCCGUGGAGGCGGACGCCUGUACUCCGGAGUGUAUUGUGGAGUCCCUGGCUGCGCAGCUCCUCCAGAUUGCGGAGUGUGGUGAUGGCAACGUGCCGCGGGCCCGUACGUGGGAAAGCUACCUGAACCUCCUCCUCUCAAUCCUAAGCCCCUGGAAGGACGCUGCUCAUGCGACGUGGAUGGGGCAAAGAACCCUGUCCGCGCUUCGCUCUGCCAUGGCGGCAACCCGUCGACUGGAGUGUUGCGGAAUCAUCGCGCAGCGGAUGCCUGACGUCUUCGCCCCACCGCGAUGGACUCCAAGCGACUACAAGGCGCUCCUUGAGACCUGGCUGAGAGGAGUUUCGCGCGUGGAUGGCUUCUACGCACCCGCUGCCCCACUGACGCCCACAGAGUAUGUCGAGAGCGUCCUCCGCCUCCUAGGCGACGAUCGACGCCGCGAGUUGGUGCAGCUGCUGCUGGGCGCAGAAGAACUGGCGGGAGCCCUCAUCCCUGCAUUGCAGAAAGCGCUGACCGAGGAGCGUGCCGACAAUCCUGCAGAGAUGGUGGUAACCACAACAGCCGCAGCAACGGGGCGGAGGGGCUUCCGGCAGCUGCAGGAUGAACUCCUCAGCACCGCGGAACUCCGAGCGAAAGCAAUGGCGGAACACAAGCAGAGAGCGGAUGAAGCAAAAAAACGUCAGCUGCUGGCGGAGGCGCAAAGAAACGAAGCAGUAAUGGUGAGAUCGAAAGCCUUUGAGGAGGAGCAGCGGAAACUUCGUUGCAUGAAGGAUGAGGAACUCCAAUGCAUUUCAAGGCUAAGAGAGGAGCGGGAAAAGGAAAGUGAGGAGCGGCGGGUAAAGGAACUGCAAAAUCGUCUGGAGAGACGCGAAAAAGCCGCUGCAAUUCUACAAGAAAUGUCUGCCAAGACGAAGGCGGAGCGCUUGACAGAGCAACGAGAGCGUUUGCUGCGGUACCGUGAGCGUGUCGCCAUGGACUCCCGUAUUUCGACUUUUUUGGAGCAUUUACGGCUGACUCCGUCUAGGAUCAUGCACCUGUUGGCGACGUUACGCCCACACCUCCAGGGCAUGACGUACGAUGAUGUGUUGGAGUUUGUCGUGACGGGAAACCGCAAGGUCCCCAGUGACUUGCUCGCCGUUGAUGAGCAGAAGAAUAAACUGUGUCGUGAUGGCAACGCACGCGCCGGGGAAGCCACGAGGAGUGAGGAAGAAAAGUUGUCCUACUUUGCGGAUGAGGGCCCUACCUUCUGGGACAGUGUGAUGCAGCUCGUGGCGCGGCAAUCGGGUGACAAAACAAGAGACAACCACGUUGUUGCCGGGGAGGAGGAAGGUGAAGGUGCUUUGCCUAGCGAAAGUUAUGGUCUUUCUUUUCAUCGAAGCGUAAGUGCGGUUCUUGACCUUUUUGACUACACCAUGGGGGCGAGUGAGACGCUGCCCGAGCCGCUGCCUUCAUUGAACGUGCGGGGUGCCUCCCGAGUACUUGAGAAGGAGGCGCUGACUGGCACUGGAUUUGGUAAUGGACGAGAGGCGCUGUUGGCUUGCCAACGACGGGGGUUGUGCGUCGUGCGAGACAAUCUCUGCACGCUGACGCCAUUAGGAUUCCGCUACCAUUACCCCUUCCAUGACCCGGAACAGACGCUUGGAGUACAGCUUGCACGACGGCGCGAUAAAGCAAGAGCGAUGAUGGCGGACCGGCAAUGCGCCGACGUUGGUGAUGACGCAGGGGAAGAGGAAGAGGAGGAGGACGAUGAGGAUGCGUUGGUGACUGGGGAAGCAUAUGACGAAGCCAUGACAUCCUUUGCAGAGGACAACAUGGUUUGCUUUGCAGAUGAAAUUGUUUGA